UCGGAAGUCAGUCGCUUGAUCGAAGGAUUGAAGUAAGAAACUAGAUGAAGGACAGUAACCUUUGAGGAAAGAUACUUCACAGUAAUAGUAUUAUUAUGGAAAUAUAGAAUUUGAGAGUUUCAAAGAUCAACACAUACUAAUUUAAAGACAAACUGAUGUACAUGGAUAAGGGAUGGGACUACGACUGACCGUUUAAUUACUUGCUGCUGGUUUAGAAAUAGGAAAACAGGUUUAGAUGUGCUUCCAGUACGAGAACAUAUACUUGAAAAUUAUUUGUAAAACUUGAAACUCGUGAGUUUUGGGUUGGAAGAUGAACUUCUGAAUUAUAAAUAUGCACAGAAAUGCGACAAUCGAUUCAGAUUUUGGUAGAUCUCAAUGAACAUUACAUCAGGAAAAACUAAACUCAGAUGGAACAAAACAGCCACAUAUUAGUUGCAGUAUAGAUCAUUAAAAGUCAAAAAUGGAGGAAGAUGAGUUCAACACUGGGAUCAUACUUCCCACACUGAUCAUCCAACUUAGGAAGAUCCUAGACCAGUACCCAGAUGAUGGACAGAUACUAAAGGAGCUGAUUCAGAAUGCCGAGGAUGCGGGAGCUACGGAGGUUAAGUUCCUCUAUGAUGAACAUUCAUACGGGACUGACCCAAAUUCCUUACAUCAUCCAAAUAUGGCAAAGUACCAGGGUACUGCACUAUAUGCAUACAAUGAUGCCUUAUUCAAGGAGGAAGACUGGAAAGGAAUCAGAAUGUUAUGUGAAAGCAUAAAAGAAAGAGAUCCACUUAAAGUUGGAUAUUUCGGCUUGGGGUUCAAAUCUGUAUUUCAUUUGACAGAUCUGCCUAUGAUCCUGAGUGGUGAGCGAAUAGGUAUUAUAGACCCCCAUCAGACAACCUUCUCCUCAGGGACACAUGGAUGGCAUUUAAAGAAAUCCAAAAGUGUUAUAGACUCUCUACCUGAUCAAUUUGACCCGUUUAAAGGUCUUUUUGGGUGUACCUCAGGUGCCUUUGAAUCAGGUUACUAUGACAGCACACUGUUUCGGUUUCCACUUCGACAAGAAAAUUCAGCCUUAUCUGACGCUAUAUAUGAUACAAAUCGCAUGGAACGGUUGCUUGAUUCUUUCAAAGUGGAGGCUCCUCUAAUGCUGUUGUUUCUGAACUCUGUCGAGACCAUUGAACUCUAUAGAAGAGGAGAAUUUGAUAUGGAUCCAAUCUUAUCAUUUCGUGUAAGAAUCAGUGAUCGAACAAUUAACAAUGUACGAGCUCAGCGAAAGAACUUUCUCAGGCGAAUUGAUGUGUUUAAAUGGAUGGAAUCACAUACCACGACAACAUUCCCUGUGAUCUUUGAAAUCUCGAGUUUUGCAGACUUCAAUGAGGUAACAACUUACGAAACUUGGCUAGUCACAAAUUAUUACGCUGGAGGAAUGAUGUCCCGUAAUCUUAGAAAAUUGCAUAAUGACCCUGAUUUGGGUUAUCUUCCAUGGGUGGGUGUUGCAAUGUCACUUGAUAAAGCUUACGACGAUGACUUGGAAGAGGAUUUGACACCCACGAUAACUCCAGAAAGUGAGACCCAAAUAGAGAAUGGGGCGAAUAGUGAAAGUGAUAGAAAUGGUCACCAUGAGGAGCAUGAUGGUGACACUAGUCAAGACAAUGGUGCUAUAAAUACAGUCAAUACAUCUCAACUUGAGGAUACUGUUAAACGAGGGCCACAAGGUCAAAUAUUCUGUUUCUUGCCCCUGCCAAUAGAAAAGGAAAGCCCCACUGGACUUCCCGUACAUGUAAAUAGCUACUUUGCUCUGGAACAGAAUCGUAGGCAUCUAAAAUGGCCAAAUGACCAAGGAGUGUUUGAUAAUCUUUCCCUGACAGAUAAAAAACUAUUGUGGAAUCAGUGUAUAUUACGAGAUGUACUCCCCAAAGCUUACGUGGAAUUAAUCGUCCAGGCCAUCAAACUUCAAGAAAGAGGCAUUAUUGAAACACUUACAGUUGAUCUCAUAUACAAAACAUUGGCUGAUAUGAAAAAAGUGGAUGCAAAAUGGCGAAUAAUCAUUGAGCCAUUUUACCAUGAACUUCUCAAGUAUGCUGUUAUAUACACUUCAGCAGAUGGUGGACUUUGGGUGAGAGUACACGAGGCAAUAUUCAACACUUUGAAGCAGGAUGACCCAUCAUCCCAGGUCAUUCUACAAGCUUUGAAUGCGGCCAAUAGUAAAGUAGCAGAUGUUCCACGUCACUUAGUGAAAGCAGUAAAAAUGUAUGGGACAAGUCGGCCACAUAUCAUAGACCCAUUUCUUGUGCUCAGUGUUUUAAAAACAGGGGACCAGUAUUAUAGAUACCUCGAAUAUGGCCCUAAAAUCAAACUUCUGAAGUUUGUACUGAAGGAUGAACAAUACUUGACAUUGAUUGGCCUGGAACUCUUACCUUUAGCCAAUGGGGAAUUCAUUGAAUUUCGAAAUCGUCACGAAUCUGAGCCAAUCUAUAUUACAACAGAGGCAACCCCUAUGUCGUUGUUACCAAGCAUGGAGGACAGGAUUCUGGACCCCUCUAUUGAUGACAGCAUAAAGGAAUCUCUGAUGAAGGCAAUUCAUAAAGGCUAUACACAACUUAAAAAGCUAGAGGAUGUGGAAGUUGCAAGACUUAUACCAGAAACACUGCCCCCUGAUUGGCUGCAAACUGAACAGGUCACUUGGCUUCCUGGAAAUGAAGGCCUGAACCAUCCUCCCAGAGAAUGGUUAGAGCAUCUAUGGGAAUAUCUCCACAAGUACUUCCAUCAUGAUCUUCGUGCCUUUGAAGAUCUACCAAUCCUACCAAUAAAUAACCCUGGAGAAUCGUCCAAUGAAAUCAUCCUUGUGCCAUUAUCAUCAAUCGCUGGAUUGGUCAUGAAAUCAGCAGAAGGCUUAUACCUAGAUGAUGUAGUCUGUGGAACUCUAGAAGCAUUAGGUGUGAUCAUCAUAGAGGAUCUACCUCAAUAUCUUAAAUACCACCCUGCCAUCCAUAGAAACUAUAUCCACACUCCUUCUGUGGCUAGCAUCCUCAGUGUCCUAUCAGCCAAGACAGAGCAUAUGGACCUCGCUGGAGAAAUCAAUGAGAAAACUACAGCUGAACAGAAAUGUAGUUUGAGAGCCCACCUCUCCAGAGUCAGUGCAAUAGACCUUGAUGACAGUCACAUUGAGGUCCUAAAGAUGUUACCACUAUUUGAAACACUUGCAGGGAGUGGUGGUGAGGAAACACAUUUUGUGUCAAUUAAUGAUGUGCCAAAUGCAGCCCCAUUAGAGCGUCUGCCUAUUGCAUCUCCUAAGAAGCUUCUUGUUCUGAACACAAAUCAUGCCAAAAAUCUUGCUGAUAUCCUUGGAGUUAAGCAGCUUCAUAUAACCCAGCUUCUGACUGAUAUAAUGUUUCCUGAGAUACAAAGCAUGGCACUUGAUCCAGAAAAAACGGAAGAAUUGAUGUUGUAUGUCCUAAAGCAUUUCCAUUCAUAUGUGGACCAGGACCCAACCUUCAUGAGCUCAAUAUCCAACCUGGCUUUUGUGCCGAAACCAAAUGGUAUGUUAAUGACACCAGAUAAUCUGUGUGACCCUGAAUCUGACAUUCUGCAAAGGAUUUUCCUUGGUGAAGAUGAAUUCCCAACAGGUGUCUAUGCAGAACCAACAGUACUUGCAACUCUCAAAGAGAUAGGCCUGAAGUCCAUUGACUCCCUAUCUGCUGAAGACAUAAUAUAUACAGCGUCAAACAUGCUAGGGCUCUAUGAGAGUGGUUCCAUCACUGUUGAACAGCUAUUUGUGAAAUCUGAGUCAUUGCUGGAGUUCUUCAACAACCACACAGAUAUACUACAUGAAGAAAUAGAUGGCCUUCCACUAUAUGAACAACUGAUGGAGGUUCCUUGGGUGAAUCCUAAGGUGAAAAGACCUGCAUAUUAUCCAAACCAUUUAAGAUGGUUCUCAUCAGAUACAUUAUGCAAACCAAAGGAUAUGAAGUGCGCGAAGUAUGCCAGCAUAGUUGGUGCAGUUGUACCUAUCGUCAACUUCCAAACUGAGCCACGUGUUGAGACAGUAUUCAAAUGGGAUGAACCUCCUUCCUUAGAUUUCGUCAUUGGACACUUAUCUCACCUAGCCACCUCAUACACAGUAGAAGACAAAUCAACCUACCUUGGCAUGGUAAUCAGCACUUACAAUUCCCUGUGUGCACAUGACACAGAGGAUGUGUUAGAGAAAAUGUUUGAUCAUCGCAUUAGUUCCUGGGUCUGGCAUGGAGAGGGGUUUGCAUCUGUGAAUGAAGUAAUUCUGGACAAACCCUUCACAGAUUUGAAACCCUAUAUACAUUGCCUACCACCUGAGGUAGAACAGUUCCAAGAGUUUCUAUCAAAAUGUGGGAUCAGGAACAUGUGUGACUUGACUGAUGUACUGAGGCUUAUCAAAGAGAAGUAUGACAAGCAUCCUAACAAUGAUGUACCUGAGAAUGAACUAAAGUAUGACCUCCAGCUGUGUGUUGCCAUACUUAAUGAGCUGAAGCCUCCACCUGGGCAGGAGAUCUCUGAGGAACUCAUGAAACAUCUAUUAAUUCCUACUCAUGUCAAUGGAGAGAACACAAUACGCAUGGUCCAAGUUAAUGAAUGCACAUUCUGUGAUGAAGAGUGGCUAAGAAAAGGACAUGAUCUCAGUGAUUUAGAAGAAGAUGAGGAACAGAUAUUGUUUGUGCAUCCAAACAUACCAAAUACUACUGCAGAAAUAUUAGGAGUUCCAACUUUAAUGAGUCGCAUGUUGGAUGCUGAAGAACUUGACCUGAGUUUUGGGCAGUCUGAUCCCCUUACUAGACGACUUAAGAAUCUUCUAACUGAAUAUACUGAUGGAUUUGCUGUACCAAAAGAGCUCAUCCAAAAUGCAGAUGAUGCAGGAGCAACAGAGGUCAAAAUACUAUAUGAUCAGAGAGAAAACAAAGAUGCCAGGACAUGUCUUAUUGAUGAAGGGAUGCGUGAAUGCCAAGGUCCAGCCAUUUGGGCAUAUAACAAUGCUGUAUUCACUGACAAGGACUUUGAGAAUAUUACCAUGUUGAGUGGGGCAACCAAGGAAGCUCAGACUGACAAAAUUGGGAGGUUUGGACUUGGAUUUAAUGCUAUCUACAACCUCACUGAUGUCCCAAGUUUCAUCAGCCGUCACAAUAUUGUCAUUUUUGACCCACAUACAACUCAUUUAGGAAAGGGGAUAAAAGACAAAUCAAAACCAGGGAUCAAAAUAGACAUCAACAGAAAUAGAAAGAAGUUGAGAAAAUUAGGUAACCAAUUCAAACCAUUCAAUGGAAUAUUUGGUUGCAAUCUCAACAACAAGGAUGAUGGUGAGGAUUCAUAUGACUUCACAUUGUUCAGAUUCCCCCUAAGAACAAAACAACAGGCGAUCAGAAGUGAAAUAUGUAACCGCCACUAUGACCAUGAUGAAGUGAUUGAACUGCUACAUAUGUUCAUCAAAGGGGCAAGUUCCCUACUGCUGUUCACACAGAAUGUUCGCAAAGUUACUCUCUACCACCUCUCUGAUUCAGAAAGAAGUGUCAUCUCACCUAUUGAGUUAUUUCAGGUGACAAAGAAACCUAUCAAGGUGAUGAGGUCACUCAACAUGCCACAAUCAGCUAAUCCACAGAUGAUUAACAUGAACAUUCUCCAGGCUUCAACCCAAGCACUACAGAACAUACGCCACAGUAGUGACCCUCUAUCAGAAGAUGUGACACAUGAAACUCCUGAACUUUCUGUAGUGAUUAGUGUGAAGUGUACAACAACAGAAAGUGCACACUGGAUCCUCAAUACGGAUUUUACUAUGAAGAAGGAUACAUGGUUAGUUACAUCCUGUAUGGGAACUGACCAAGCUUUGAAGUUGGCAUUGAAGGACAAUACAUUGAUGCCUGCAGGAGGGGUUGCUGUAUGUCUUCACCAAAGUGAGGGUGAUAGUUAUAUACCAGAGCCAAUAUUAAAUCCUCAAACAAAUGAGCAUAAUGGUUCAGUUUAUUGCUACCUACCUCUCCCUAUAAAAAGUGGCCUACCUGUGCAUAUCAAUGGUGCAUUUGCAAUCACAUCUAGUAGGAGGCAUUUAUGUGAGAGGUCGGAGGAUGACAAGUUUGAUGUGAGAGCAGCUUGGAAUGAGGCAUUACUAUUGGAUGCGGUAACAAAGUCAUACAUUUACCUCUUAGAGGACUUGGCCAGACUGAUGCCAAAUGGGACGGAUUGCACAUCAUUAUGGCCAAAUAUAGAAUUCAUAGAAACCAACUGCAAACAUCUUCUUCAUGGGGUUUAUGAAAUCCUUGCAUCAACAAGUCUUGAUGCUCCAAAGUUAUUCUCAGAUGGUCCUCAAUGGGUAAACCUUUGUCAGGCAGCCUUCUUGCAUGCAGAUAUAGGCCUAUCUGUGGUUGGCUCAUCAGCAUAUGAUGUUUUCAGACAAUGCCAAGAUGGAAUAGGAAAAGUUGUUAUCAAUUUGCCACAACCAAUAUUGCAGGGAUUUGCAGCUUCAGGUCUGGAAAGUAUUAUAGAAGAGAAGACCUACAAAAAAGCUGAGUUCUUCAGGGAGGUCUUCUUCCCAAAUAUACUUACGAUUGAUUCUACUAUAAGAGAUGCUCUCAUGUUAAAUGCAUUGAAAGAGGACAAUGACGACUUAUUCGCUUUAAUGAAGGAAUCACCAUGUAUACCAGUCUCUCCAUUUGGUGAAGUGUUGAAAAGGCCAUCAGAGCUAAUUCAUCCGUUUUCCUCAAAGUUGUCAAAAUUGUUCUCUCGAGAUGAUGGUCGGUUUCCCUGUGGCACAGAUUACACGUACUUGGCUCCAGAGAUACUCUUAAAAUUGGAGUCUCUUGGUAUGAAAAAAGGAGAUUUGUCAUGGGAAGAAACACUUGUCAUUGCUGAAUCCAUUCAGAACCUACCGCACCAAGAAGCAUGUCAAAAGACAAGUGCUCUGAUAUCAUUUCUAAACAAGAAGUUAGACCUCAUAGAAGAAGGAAUGGUACAUGCAAGUAUUUCACAGCUAGAAUCAUCAAAGAGCAGACAAUGGCCUAGCUACAAAAAUGAUAACUUUGAUUCCAAUGAGCUAACUGAUGUUAUGUCUAAAAUGCGCAAUAUACCAUUCCUCCCUAUCAAAGAGAGUCCAAAAUUCUUUCCAGUUGCCUGGAAGGGAAAUGACUUAGAAGCAGAUGGAUUACAGGCUCCAAACAAUCUGUAUAAGGAAGAAUCGCAAAACUUAGUAUGCUGCAUCGAGCCCAUUUUGAAUGAGAAUGUACUGGGUACCAUGCCUGAGCUUGUAUCAGCUUUCUUUGGCUUCGGGUCUAAAACAAUCACAGUAGAUCAGGUAUUUGCUCAGUUGGACUCGAUUGUUACUUCAGAUGUUGAUUUGAAUGAUAGAAAUGUUUAUACUGAAGUACAGAAGUUGUGCUAUAGCAUUUACAACUAUUUCCAAGAUGUGAUAAUGGGCUCUAAUGCAAAACUGAGGCAAAUGGUGAGGGAAGGUCUACAAUACAGGUUUUUCAUUCUGUUGGAUGGAAAAUUUCUCAGACCAUCUCAGUUGGCAUUCAAGUUUCAACAUACUUGCCCACCCUACCUUUAUGGUCUGUCAGAGGACCUGAUCCAUAAGUUUGGAACCUUGUAUAGUGAGGCAGGAGUAAGAGAAGUGUUUGAAAUCAGUGAUUUUGUCUCUGCCCUCCAGGAAAUGCACUCUACGCAUAAUGGAUAUGCUCUUGAAAAAGAUGACCUGAAGUUAGCAUUGAGACUUUGUAUGCUGCUGAAUGAAUGCAUGAUUGAAUCAAGGUUAAAGAUCACUGAGGUGAUUGAGCAGCUAGGAACUGUAUACAUUCCAGACGCUCGGGGAAUUCUUCAUUCAUCAAAAAUUUUGUGUUACAAUGACCCAGAAUCACAUUGGCUGCCAGAAGAUGAUGAAAUGAAAUUCUCUCAUCAGCGUAUUCCAUAUGAGAUGUCAAAGCAGCUUGGUGUGAAUACUAAAAGGCAGGAAAUGUUGAAGAAACACUCGCAAGGUAUUCCUUUUGGGCAGAAGGAAAAGCUUACAAACAGACUAAAUAGGAUAUUGGCAGCAUAUCCAUGUGAUAAAGAAAUAUUGAAAGAGAUUCUACAAAAUGCUGAUGAUGCCCAAGCUACAGAUGUCCAUUUUGUAAGAGACCCAAGACAACAUUCAACUCAGCGUGUAUUUGAAGAAUGUUGGAGACCUUUGCAAGGUCCAGCACUAUGUGUAUACAACAAUAGACCAUUUACUCCUGCAGAUUUAGAUGGGAUUCAAAAUCUUGGGGAAGGAACAAAAAGUAAAGACCCUAACAAAACUGGACAGUAUGGUAUUGGAUUCAAUUGUGUAUACCACCUUACAGACACCCCAACAUUCCUUACACAGGGACCUGAAGUUGGGGAAACUUUGGUUGCGUUUGACCCACAUUGUCAGUAUGUGCCUGGUGCAACCCCAGAUGAACCUGGUCGAAGAUAUGACAAUGUGAGUGAUCUGAGGCACAUUUUCACAGAUGUAUUUCCUUGUUAUUUAGAUGACAAGUUUGACCUGCAGAACUCAACUAUGUUCAGAUUUCCACUGAGGUCAAAGUCAAUGGCUGAAAAGUCAGAUCUGUCAAACAAUCCAAUGACAACAAAGAUGCUUGACCAACUGAUGAGUAGAUUUAAAGCCGAAUUGUUUGAUGUCUUGCUGUUCAUCAACAAUACUGAAUCCAUUUCCCUGUCAGAUAUUGAUGGAGUCACACAUCGAUUGUGUAAUACCUACUCUGUGACAGUCAGUAUGACACCUGAGGACAAACAGAGAAGACAAAGGUUUGUAGCACAUGUUAAAGAUAUUGGACACAAGCUUAAGCGUGGAGAUAUAACUGUUCAUAACAUACCAUUGAAAGAGGUAUCAUAUGUACUGUCCAUGGAGGACAAUAGGGGUCAGCAAGAGAAAUGGUUGAUUACACAAAGAAUUGGUUUCCAUGAUCCUGAUGAAGUUCCAACUGCAGUGCUUCAAGCAUUUAGGAAUGGGGAUUUGGCACUGUUACCCAGAGGUGGUGUUGCUGCAAGAAUUGAUCCAAUAGAUCAGCCUCCUAAAUCAGGGAAGGUUUACUGUAUCCUUCCAUUACCCGUCAAUUCCAAUCUACCUGUAUAUAUAAAUGGUCACUUUGCCCUUGAGCACGAAGCACGCAGAAGUUUAUGGCAAGAUGAAGAUGGUGGUUACAGGAGUUCUUGGAACAGCACCCUCCUGAAUCAAGUUAUUGCACCUGCAUAUGUGUCCCUUAUGUGUAUGAUGAAGAAUAAACUUGGAAUAGUUGGAACACUUCAUUCAAACACUGAAGGGUUUAAUCUGAAAGCAAGACUUAGGUGCUAUAACAAACUGUUUCCUAGCACAGUACACCAGGACCCAUACUGGAAAGGUCUCGCAGUGUCAUUCUACAAGUACAUCCAUAAGAACCAACUACCUGUACUACCAGUAGUACACAAACUUCACAAUGAUGAUGAAGCAGUUGAAGAUGUAUUUGAGGAUGUGCGUGUUGCUUGGAUGCCACCAGUAGGACAUGAUUUACAACAUGCAUACUUCAAUGAUCUGACUGAAUCUAUGGGCAAUGCAAGGGAGAGAUUUGCCUCAUUUGAUAUUGACAACUCAUUGUACAGAUCAGACAGAUCGAGAAGUUUCCAUGAACCAUCACCACUACCCUAUUCAACCAAAGACAGAUCAAGAAGCUUUGGUGGUAGUCAGGAAAAUUUGUUCAAGGGAAGUGAAGGCUCCCAAAGAAGCAAUUCUGGAAGCCGAGAGAAUCUGACAGGGAGUCCAACAUCGACACGGAGAAGCUUUUAUGGAAGCAAGGAGAAUCUUCUCUCUCCUGGGAGUCCAACGAGUCCAACCAUGAAAUCUCCGUAUAUGAAAUCUCCAGGGAAGAUGAAAAAGUUAAGGACUAUUUUAAAAAGAGUACUCCUCAGCUGUGGUUUCAAUGUGUUCCAUAGCCCUAUGUCCGUAUACAACAACUUCUUAGCAUGUGAUGUACCUGUUGAAUGCAUAUCUCCAAUAGCUGUCAUUAAGUUUUUCAAAUCAUUCAGAUCAAAGACUCCUGCUUGUAAUCUUGUGAGUUUACCUUGUGUGAUUGAUGACACUCCACUCAAGGAUGAGAAGACAUUGCAGAUUGUGUUGCAAUACUGCAAAAUGGAACCUGACUUUGAGGAGCAUCUCAAUGGACUUCCCUUGUUGCUGAAAGAGGACAACCAACUUGACAUCUUUGACGAGGAUGCACCAAAGUUCAUGGCAACCACAUUUGAUAUCUUGCCUGACUGUGCUGAAAUGUUUGUCCACCGAAACCUGGCACUGACAAUAUUUAGGGAUAUGGACCCUCACUUUAGUAAUGUGUUUAAACCAUUUGAUGUUCAGGCUCUAGCUGAGCUACUAGGCUUCACAUUUUCAUCAAACCGAUUCUGGGGUAGCCAGGAGCAUGUACGAUGGUCCCCAAUGGAGAGUGGUGUCCCAACCCCAAACUGGCUGGCCCAUGUGUGGGACUUUCUUGUUGAACAAACUGAUGUUGUGAAUCAAUGUUCAACAGAACUUACACAUGAAGAAAAAAUUGACUCAAUCGAAACAAUGCUCUCUCCUUUGAAUGAAUGGGCCUUGAUACCAGCACACAUUGUUUCAUCACAUACAGGAGUUGGUGUCAUGUCAUUCAAGCCUCUUUUGAUUGAUCCAAAUGAUCAUUAUUUGGUGCCAUUAGGUAUGGCUAGUACAGUUAUUGAUUUCACACAUUGUGGAUUCAUGAGCCACCCUGUGAGGGACACUCUGAGAAUGUUAGGAGUCCCUGAGUUGAAUUGUAAAAUGCUGGAUGGUGGCUCCCUAGCACCUGCCAAGGGCUUUGGAAUUGGUUUGAACUCAGCCUUAGCAAGAACAUUAGUGGCAACCCUCGAAAAACCAGCAGGAGUAUUGUGCGUGUUGAAUUACCUUAUGGCAAAAGAGGAUUCUCUGAAAGGGAAGCUUCAAUAUGAGGAUUGCAUCACCCUACUGAAAUAUUUCAAUGACAGCUAUGAUGAAUGGGCCAAUUUCCAGCCUGCUGUUAACAUAUUGAAAGAAUUACCAUUCCACAUGACUGCACAUGGAGAUCUGAUCAAGCUCAAUGGUUACACAGUGUACAUUCUACCUACAGACAUACCUAUGGCUGAUAUGGAUGCUUGGCAAGAAAAUGAACAGAUUGUCUUCCUAAGACAUAAUGAAGGGCUGGAUGUCUUACAUGAUGCAAUGAACUUCAAGAUAUUGACGACAACAGAGUUGUAUUGUACAUUCAUUCUUCCAAAGUUCCAUUACCUCAGCUUCGAUGCGCAAGUUGCUCAUUUACAGUACCUGAAGGAUGUAAAGCUUAAGGAACAUGGGCCUGCAAAGACCGCAAUUUUAGCUAGUCUAAACAUGUUAGCAUUUCUACCUGGGAAGGAUGGUUGUCUGUAUCCUGCUUGUAUGUUCAAAGAUCCACACCACAGUGUUUUCAAGGUCAUGUAUAGAUUCAAAGAGGACUCUGAUGCCUUUCCUCCUAAGCCAUUUUGUGAAAGUAAAUGGCUGGACUUCAUGAGGCAAAUUGGUCUUGUGCAUGACAUCUCAAUAGAUACAUUUGUGGACUUUGCAUAUCAAAUUGCUGAAGAGGCCCUCAAUAACCCCAGCAAUGAGACAGUGGCAAAAUCAAAAUCCCUUGUAGCGCAUUUGUUCAAGAGGAGAAAUGUGAUAGAUGAGGACAUACUUGAGAGAGUAAAGGAUAUUCCAUUUAUUGCUCCAGCGAGACCAAACCAAUCUUUGCUGCAACUGCAACAGUACUUUAACGUAGUUGAUAAUGAACAAAUGCCCUUUGUUUGUUUCAAUGCAUCCGUACCUGAAACCCAUGAAAACAUCAUUUGGACAAGUGCUAGUUUACUACCCAACUGGGCUAAUCCAUUCAAGCUCCACCAUCAAGAAGUUACAAUUGAUUAUGAGAUUGACAGCCCACUACAGAAUAUGAGUCGAUAUAUUGAUGAGAUUGCAAGCAAACUGGGAAUACAUGUUACUCCAUCAUUAAACAUGGUAGUUAUUCACUGCCAAAAUUUGUGUGGAAAUCUCAUGAAUGUUGACACCAAAAGAGGUGACUGCAUUAUCAAUGACUUCAUGAAACUUGACAUUAUGAGACAUAUAUACAAAUUCUUGCAACAUGGCAUUAAAGGUGAUGAUCCUCAGUCAAUAGAGUCAAUAGAAAAACUCAAGGAUACAGAGUGUAUUUUGGUAGAUGAUGGGCAGAAAUUCAUUUUGCCGAGUCAAAUUGUGAUGAGCAUGUAUAAUGAGGAGGAGAUCAGACCAUUCUUGUACAGGUGUCCCACAGAGUUUGGAGAAUUCUCUAAACUGUUUAAGGUUCUUGGUGUUACAGAAACACCAAGUUGUUCCCAAUAUGCAUCUGUUCUUGAAAAUAUUCAUCGGGAAUGUGGCGAUGUAAGGUUACAUCCAAAUGAACUCAGAGUUGUUUACAGGGCAGUGUAUAGGUUGUUCAAAAGACUAAGGACAGAGGGAUUUGGCUCAGAGUCAGUGAAGGCACUUUACUUGCCAAGUCAGACUGGUCAGCUAUUAAAUGCUAGAGAGUUGGUGUUUAAUAAUGACCCGAGUUGCACUGAUAGGCUUAAGGACUUUGACAAGCCAUUUUUAGUUGACUUAUCUGAAUGUAAACUGCACACAGGUAACUUUGAGGACAUGGUUGGAUUACUGCCAGAACAUUUGAGGCCUCUGAUGUUAACAGACUUGGUAGUUGAUACAUUAGAAGAGAGAUGCAAAGAUACUGUUGCCCAUGAGGGAACUGCUGAGAGACUCCGUCAACAUUUAGCAUCACAGGCAUUUGCAGAGGGAAUUGGCAGGCUGAUUAAACAUGAGCAUCAUAGACAAGGAUUGAAAGUUGACAGUGAACUUUUAGAAAGAACACUUUCAAAUAUUAUGCACAUUCACCUUUAUGGUGUUGAGAAAGUAGUCACUUACCUAGCUUAUGAGGGAGAAUAUAUUCCAGGAAGUGAAAUGGACAAUGAGCUCUAUGUUGAAAAAACAACAAAUGAAAAUGGAGAACCACGAUGGAAGAUUUACAUAGAAAGCUCUGCAAAACUGCAUGAAGAGUUAGUUGUGAAAAUAGCAGACACUAUAAAUAGACUAUCUGGUGGUCUGUUACAAAACUCAGUUCAUUAUCUGCAGCCAAUUAUGACAUGCCAGACCCAUCAAAUAUCUAACGUCCUUGAUCGGUUGAAAAUUCGCUCUGAUCAAAUGAUGGAUUCUAAACCUCCUACGCUACCCCAACCAGGACAGUUUGUUCCUAUUGAAGAUCACCAUCUACUGAAAGAGGACUUUUUAGACUUUGAUCUGGAUGAGUAUGUUGCAUUUGAAGUGGAUGACCCUACACUGAUAGGGGAGUCUGGUCCAGCAACUUAUGUUUAUGGCAUUGUUGUUGAAAAACUAAAAAUUGAGAACCCAUAUAAUGAAAAAAGAACAUCGAAUGAGUCAAGAUUUCUUCAGCGAUACAAAGUUAACAUUGGAGAUGAUAGAAAGAGCAUUAUUGUCAACAAUACAGAUUUGUAUAAGUUUCAUAGAAUGGAACGGAUCAUAGACGACAACUACAUAGAUGUAGAAGACUACAUAGUAGAUCAGAUUGAUGGAUUCGAAGGGUUUGAAGAAUCAGCAUAUGAGACUGCAGAUGAGAUGGAUUCUCAAAUGGAAGAUGAUAUUGACGGCUAUCAUGAGGAUAAACUAGAAAGACAUCUGCAAGGAGAUCUGGAAAACCAAAGACAGGACGAUGAAGCAAUUGGAGCAACAAGUACACCAAAAAAGCAAAAAUCUAAAGAACAAAUACAAGAAGAACGCUACCAACAACAAAGAAAGAGAUUUGAACAGGAAAAAUUGCAAAAAGAAAAGAAAAAAGAGGAUGAUAAAAGGAGAUUUAAUGAAACAUUCCAGGAAAAACAGGAACGGGAGUUCAAAGAGUGGCUUGAGGAAAACAAAGAGAGGGAAGAAGCAGAGAGGAAACACAGACAGCAACAAUACCAGGAGCAAGAACGUGCCAGACAACAAGAACAUCAACAAAGACAACAACAAGGACAUUUCCAACCACCUAAAUCACCUUCCAGCAAAGGAGCUCCAAAGACCGCAGAACAGAUCAAAGAUGACAUCAGUGAUAAGCUUGAAACUGCCUGGACUCUCGAAGAAAAAGAACGAAAAAAGAUUAUCAAACGUCUUUUAUUGAAAUGGCAUCCAGAUAAAAACAUAGGCAAUGAGAAGUUUGCAACUGACAUGAUGCAUUUCAUCGAGGCAGAAAUAGAACGUAUUUGCUCAGGACAACCGCGAGAGGGGCACUUUGAAACACAAGCUGAAUACUUUGCCAGAAAAGCCAAGGAUCAACAAUUCACAGGGAUAUUCAAAGAUUUCUUUGAGAACAUGGCCAAGAGAGCUGGUACCCAUAAGACCCAACGAAAAGAAUACAAGGAAAAUUUCUCUCAGAACUAUAGCCAGUCAUCCCACAAUUUUGAUGUACCCCCAUCAUUUAACACAAAGAACCCACAACCUGGUGAGGCCAAGAGAUGGAUGAAACAAGCCAAAGCUGAUCUUAAAUCUAUUGACAAUGACUUGAGAGUAUCUGAGACUGCUUAUGAGUGGGCAUGCUACAAAUGUCAUCAGGCGGCAGAGAAGGCAUUGAAGGCAUCGCAACUAGCAGUUGACGUCAUGCACAGUUACUCGCAUGACCUACAAUCCAUAUGUAACACUAUUCCCGACACAAAACUUAAAAUCCUAUCAGCGGAUUUACAAAAACUUCUUGGAGAUGCAGGCCAGAUGUAUUAUCCAGACAGUUUGAAGUUCCCUCAGAUUCCGCAUGACACAUACACUGAACAAAGAGCCCUAGAGUGUCAGAGAUUGGCGUCUAUGAUUGUUGAAAGAUCUGAGGAGUAUAUUGUUUCGCUCAUUGGUCAACCACUUUAGAACUGAGUACCAAGGUGUUCACUGUUCACAUUGGUCUUUAUAGGAAUAUGAGUCAAUAUAAAACCUCUCUAAUCUGAUCACCACUGGGACAAGCUGAGUGUUCAGAUUGGCAGAUGUUCACAUUUCAAGGUUUUAACAUAGAAUUAAGUCUAUGGUAGAUUGGACAUGAAAA